AUGCCGACCCGAUUGAUUCCUCGCGCAUCCUUCUUUCGAUCUCUCUUCCACUCCUCUUUGACGGCUGCGGUGCGCCCCGAGUUUCUCACCUCGUCCAGUGCGCGCUAUGUUAAUCCACGUCAGCACACCACCGGCGGCGAUUGCAUCACCCAGACCAUUCCCAGCUCUUGGAUAGCAGGACGCAGCGAUGAACAGGUUCUUGCGCUUUUCACGAGUGGCUUUUUUGGCGGCUUCGUUUUUGCCCUGGAGUGGCUGCUGCUGACGGCGGCCGGGGGGAGGAUCUUACCCGUGGGAUACACCGGUUUCACGCGAGACGCCCAAGCGGCCCGAACUCUCUGGCGGCAGGUGGAUGUCUCUGACUCCUACCUCCAUCCGAUCGGCACUUGUCUAUUCGGCACCUUCAUGGUGCUCGACAAGCACAUCGGUCCCCAGUCGGAGCUAAUAGAGAAUGACCAAAGGACGAGCUGGGUUGACUAUGGCUUUGGGUCGGAUAAAUCUUCCUUUGCUGGCUGCCACCGAUUUCAGAUCACCACCACGAGAGCGCACCAGGGAGAAGGCAAGUGUAAGAUAGGUUCAUCCACCGAGACCAGAGUUCAGAUCGAGCUUCUAGGGUUUCAUUGUAAUCCGCAGACGAACCAACCUGGUGCGCCUGAGAUUUUGAAAUUAUUUCAUUGGGGGUAUGCGAAAAUGCUGUUUGCUAAUGGAGUUCAAUCGGUGUUGUUAGGGAGGGCUUGAUUUCUGCUCUUUGAACCUAUUAUCAUGGCUCGAUGAAGAAAGUAAAGGCCUUCUAAUUCACCACUCAUGUAACUCCGUUAUCGAGCAAUAUGCUCCGUAGCCUGCAGUAUUAUAUAUAGUAGUCAGACCAUACGGUAAGGUAUCCCGGGUAUUGUAAUGGAUAUAAUGGAUACCCGCGGGGGAAACCCGGGUUCCCGGCACUAGUCCCUAUUAGGCCAGCUGACACAUUCCUCCCUCUCCACAAUUUUAUGCACUGAUUGUUCC